UUGUUGGCCUUCACAGUGGUCUGCCCUCUAGAAGUACUUUUUUAAUUCAUUAUUCAUUAUUUUUAUUCAUUAUAUAAUCGGAAGGCAUAUUAAACAUUAAUGUUCUGGCACUCACUUUGUCUUGCCCCAAAAUGACACAUUUACCGUUGAAAGGUUACACAUUUAUAGCUGUUUUCAUCUUUUGACUCUAGUCCAAUGUGCAGAAUAGUUCAUGUGACAGACCAGUCACUCUCUUUAGGAUUUGCUCCAGGAGCAGACGCUGAUCACUUCAAGACCCACUACUGACCGCCAGUAUUGAUAUUUGAACGACUGAUAAUCUCAAAACUAGUAGUCCAUCAUGGUGAAGAAGGUGGCCGUGAUUGGCGCCGGGCCUUCGGGUCUGACCAGCAUCAAGGCCUGCUUGGAUGAAGGUCUGGAGCCCACCUGCUUUGAGAGCAGCCAUGACAUUGGUGGUCUGUGGAGGUUUAAGGAGGAGCCGGAGCCGGGGCGAGCCAACAUCUACCAGUCAGUGGUCAUCAACAGCUCCAAAGAGAUGAUGGCCUUCAGCGACUUCCCGCCUCCUGCCCACUUCCCAAACAACAUGCACCACUCUGAGGUGAUGCUUUAUCUGAGACUGUACGCUCAGACCUUCAGGCUGCUGCAGCACAUCCGCUUGCAGACUGCUGUGGUCAGCGUGAGGCCGACUCCAGAUUUCGCCACCACUGGUCAGUGGGAGGUGUGCACCGAGAGACGUGACGGCCAGAGGCAGAGUCACAUUUUUGAUGCUGUAAUGGUUUGUACAGGGCACUACACCACACCUCACCUGCCGCUCAAAGAAUUCCCAGGUAUAGAGAGCUUUGAAGGCAAGUAUUUCCACAGCUGGGAGUACCGCAGCUUCGAGGGCCUGCAGGGGAAACGUGUGGUGGUGAUCGGGAUUGGGAACUCCGGAGGCGACAUCGCUGUGGAUGUCAGCAGAGUGGCUGAGAAGGUGUUCUUUAGCAGCAGGAGUGGAGCAUGGGUUGUGGGCCGUGUGGGGCCCGGCGGCCUCCCGCAGGACCUUUUUGGGAACUCUCGGAUGGACGUGAUGAAAAGGAGGCUCUUUCCCUGGUGGAUCAACUGGAUGACGGAGAAGAAGCUCAAUCGAACGUUUGAUCACACACUCUAUGGACUCAAACCAAAACACAGCUUCUUUUCCCAGGUAGCUGUCGUGAACGACGACCUGCCAGCUCGUAUCAUCGCAGGUCGUGUACAGAUGAAGCCAAACGUGAAAAGUUUCUCCGGUUCCGCCGUGCUGUUUGACGACGGUAGCGUCAUAGACAAGGGGAGUAUGUGUCUAAGUGUGUAAAUAAAUAACUGAAUAACUCAAUAAUAACUACAAUGUCCGGCUAACAUGCAAGGUCACACUGGUCCAUUCUAGUCCUGUAGGUGGCAGUAAUGCACUUCAAAAAAAGUAAUCUGCUGGAUUUGGUUGGUCACUACACCACUUGGCCCCAAUGCAAGCAGGCUGUGAAUGGUAUAAAAACAAACAGGAAGUGUAAUAGUGAUUACGCCUCUGUAACCAGGUGGACGCGGUGGUGUUUGCCACAGGCUACGACUACAACUUCCCCUUCCUGCCUGCCAGUCUCCAAAGCAAAUGUGGCUGCAGGCAU